GGAGAAGCAAGAUGGGUGUGAAACUAGAGGUGUUUCGGAUGGCACUGUACCUCACUUUCCCUGUGACUAUGUUCUGGAUUUCCAAUCAGGCUGAGUGGUUUGAGGACUACGUCAUACUGCGCAAGAGGGAGCUGUGGCCACCUGAGAAGGAGGGCCAGCACCAAGAGAUAGAAGAAUUCAAAGAAAGGAUACGGAAGCAGCAGCAGGAGAAGCUCCUUCACGCUGCCCAGCAGAACUCCUGAGCCCUCCAAGAGCUUGAGACCUAGCUCUCUCCCCAUGAAAUAACACAUACUCAUAAUUUCUUUAAAA